UCCUUUUUUGGUCAGGAAGCAACUAUCAUUUGUGUCCAACUAUGGCAUUGCCUAUUUGGAGAGUCCGACCAAAACUGGGCUAGGCUGAGAGAGUUUCAUGUUGAGUUCAGUUGCACUUCACCAUCUUCGAUUCUGACUGAAUACCGUUAUUCCCUCCCAUGAACAUGUUCUACACAAGAAGACCAUUCUCCUCCUCUUCUUCUUCUUUUUCUUCUUCUUCGUGCUCCUCAAAGAACCAUUCACUCCAAACAUUAUUGAAGCGUGGAUUCACCCCAACCCUGAAAUCCAUCAACAUAUUCCUCCUCUCCCUCCUCCGCCACCGCAAGUUCAACCUCAUCAUCCACCUCUUCACCACUGCCACACUCAUCCCCACUAACCCUACCACCCACUCCAUCCUCACGUGGGCACUCCUCCAUUCUAGAAGCUUCCAAGAUGCCGAGAAUCUCAUCUUAACUCACUUCACCCAUUCCCAUCCUCGCAUCUGGGACACACUCAUCCGUACCCACCAUGACCCUCAUAGGGCACUCUUUCUUCUACGCUAUUGCCUCCAAAACGGUGGCGUUUUGCCCUCUCCUCUCACUUUCUCUUCUCUUAUUCACAGGCUCUCUUCUCAGGGGGACCUAGGCAUGACAAUGGAGGUGCUGGAGAUCAUGACAGAUCAUAGGGUAAGGUACCCUUUUGAUGAUUUUGUUUGUAGCUCUGUGAUUUCUGGGUUUUGUAGGAUUGGGAAGCCUGAACUUGCGUUAGGGUUUUAUGACAAUGCUGUGGGUUCUGGGGCACUGUUGAGGCCCGGCUUGGUUACUUUAACUGCAAUUGUUGGUGCACUUGUUAGGUUGGGGAGGCUUGAUGAGGUUUGUGGUAUGGUUAGGAGGAUGGAGGAGGAUGGGAUCGGUUUGGAUGUUGUUUUGUAUAGUGUUUGGGUUUGUGGGUAUGUUAAAGGAAAUGACUUGGUGGAGGUUUUUCGAAAGAUGAGGGAAAUGGUGGUGGUGAAGGGUAUCGAUCAUGAUUAUGUGAGUUAUACUAUACUCAUUGAUGGGUUUUCGAAGUUAGGCGAUGUGGAGAAGUCAUUCGGGAUCUUGGCUAAGAUGAUAAAGGAAGGGAAGAGACCCAAUAAGGUCACUUACACUGCAAUAAUAUCUGCUUAUUGUAAGAAGGGUAAAUUUGAGGAAGCACGUGGUGUUUUCGAGAGGAUAGGUGAGUUGGGAAUUGAGUUGGAUGAGUUUGUGUAUGCAGUUUUGAUUGAUGGGUAUUGUCGGAUUGGAGAUUUUGGUAGUGUCUUUAAGCUAUUUGUUGAAAUGGAGAAAAGAGGGGUUAGUCCUAGUGUUGUUACGUAUAAUACCAUAAUAAAUGGUUUGUGCAAGUUCGGGAGGACAUCUGAGGCAGAUGAGUUAUCGAAAGAUGUGGCUGCAGACGUGAUUACGUACAGCACAUUGUUGCACGGUUAUACCGAAGAAGAGAACACUCCGGGGAUUUUGCAGACAAAGAGGCGACUAGAAGAAGCUGGAAUCGCCAUGGAUAUCAUAAUGUGCAAUGUGUUGAUCAAAGCAUUGUUUAUGAUGGGGGCUUUUGAAGAUGUUUAUGCUCUUUACAAAGGAAUGCCAGAAAUGGGCCUGGUUCCGAAUUCUGUUACUUAUUGCACAAUGAUUGAUCAGUAUUGCAAGGUAGGUAGAAUUGACGAGGCACUUGUGAUGUUUGACGACUUCAGAAAAACAUCAUUCUCUUCACCUGUAUGCUACACUAGUAUUAUUCAUGGCCUCUGCAAGAAGGGUAUGGUAGAAAUGGCCAUUGAGGCAUUAGUCGAACUCAAUGAUAAAGGACUGGAGUUAAGUAGAUAUACAUUUAGGAUGCUAAUGAGGACAAUUCUCACUGAAAAGGGUGCAAAAGAGGUUUUAGAUUUAGUUUACACAAUGGAAGGAUUGGGCCAAGACUCAUAUGAGUCAGUAUGUAAUGAUGCGAUCUUUUUAUUGUGCAGAAGAGGAUUUCUUGAGGAUGCAUAUCGCUUGUGCUUGAUGAUGAGAAAGACAGGUUUAUACGUUACAAGAAACUCUUAUUAUUCUAUUUUGAGAAGCUAUCUUAGUAACAGGAAUAGGGAGCACAUGCUGCCCCUAUUGAAUAUCUUUCUAAAAGAAUAUGGCCUAGUUGAUCCAAUGAUGCGAAGGAUACUAGCAUGCUACCUAUGUUUAAAAGAUAUUCAUAGUGCCCUUCAAUUUAUGGAAAACCCAAUCACCCUUCCGGUCUCCAUCCUCAGGAUUCUGAUAAAGGAAGGUAGAGCUUUAGAUGCAUAUAAGCUUGUGGUAAAGACUCAAGAUAGUUUACAAGUCAUGUAUGCUGAUUAUGCCAAUCUGAUUGAUGCCUUAUGCAAGGGAGGAUAUCUCAAUAAAGCAUUGGAUCUUUGUGCCUUUGUUGAAAAGAAAGGGAUCACGUUAGACAUAGUUGUAUAUAAUUCUAUAAUAAAUGGAUUGUGCCAUGAGGGACGUCUUAUUGAAGCAUUUCGGCUAUUUGAUUCAUUGGAGAAACUUAAUUUGAUACCCUCUGAAAUAACUUAUGCCACAUUAAUUUAUGCACUGAGUAGGGAGGGAUAUCUGGUAGAUGCUGAGCAUGUUUUCAGUAAAAUGGUCCUGAAGGGCUUUCAACCAAAAACACAAGUUUACAAUUCACUACUUGAGGGUAUUUCAAAGUUUGGUCAAUUAGAGAAUGCGCUCGAGCUUCUAAACGAUAUGGAGACAAAAUAUAUUGAGCCUGACAGCUUGACGGUUAGUGCUGUCAUAAAUUGCCAUUGCCAAAAGGGCAACAUGGAAGGAGCACUUCAAUUCUAUUACGAGUUCAAGAGGAAGGAUGUAUCACCUGAUUUUUUUGGGUUCUUGUACUUGAUAAGAGGCUUAUGUUCAAAGGGACGGAUGGAAGAAGCUAGGAGCGUCUUGAGAGAAAUGCUCAAAUCGAAGAAUAUUGAAGAGAUAAUUAACAUAGUUAACAAUGAGGUUGAUAAUGAGUCAAUAGGUGGCUUUCUUGCCAUUUUGUGUGAGCAAGGAAGUAUUCAAGAAGCCCUUACAGUUCUUAAUGAAAUUGCAAGCACACUUUAUCCUGUUCUAAGGUUAUCUACAUAUAAUCAAGGAGCUCACGCACAGAGGAACAUUUCUGAGCUAAACGCUGGUUUACAAUCUUCAAGGCCUCUAUCCUCCUCUUGUAGAACCGGUUUGGAUUUUGGAUCUUGUGAUGCUAGCGUUGAAAGUGAUCUUACAAUAAAUAAUGAUAGUCAUGUGACAAGGUCCCGGCCACUCAACUUUGACUUCUAUUAUUCCAUGAUUGCCACACAUUGUGCCAAAGGGGAGCUACAGAAAGCUAAUCAAGUAGCUAAGGGAAUGCUUUCCCACCUAAGUCGAUGAGCUGAACAUAAGAAAGAAGAGAGAAAAUGAAUUCUUUCAAUGUGGGAAAUUCUCUAUUUUUAAUGCCAGGAGAGAUCACACAGUUGACAUCUGCAGCAUCAACCAGAUAAACGAGAAAAUGAUGUCCUAGCCCUCUGUCAUUCCAGUUUCUUUGACCGCACAACCAGUCUGAAAAGGACAAUAGGGUGCCAAUUGGAGUGCAAGGGAUCCGUAUCUGACCUGUAAGAUAUAUAAAUGAUAAUAGGAGCAGGCACCUGAUUACAUGCUAAUUGCUGCUUUAAGCUUGAAAUUAAAAAAGUCAUGCUCUGCAUUUGUGGAGAUCAAAUAGAAUGGUUGUCUUCAAACAAAUGAAAUCUACCUUAAUCCUAAUGCCUUUUGCCCUUCAUGGAGGAGUUUUGAAUGACAAAGAACCAGAAAUGAUUUCAUUCUUAAAUCAGAUCUCUUUUUCUUUUUUGGGUAUUUAAAGAAAAGAAUGAAGUGAUUUCAUUUAUAGAUCAGAUCAAAUUGGGUAUUACUUUAUUUUUUCCGCCAGAUCUUGUCAUUUUCCUAUGUAUUUGAUUGGAAAUCAUUUGGUAUCUAAAUGUUUGAAAAGACUUUUAUACCCUUCUUAAUUUUGGUUCCAUUUUUAGCCCAUUCUUUGAUUGGAGGGAAUUCCCCUUGUUCCGAAGUUGAAACCCUCUAUUUUAUAUGCAAGAUUUAGCUUCUGAUUGGGUCGGUGUGAAGCAUUGGCUUUCUGCCUUAAGCUCGUGAGGCCAUAGAGAAUUUCUUUUAUUACUUUGUCAAACAGGAAAUUUGGUCGCUUCGUUUUGGAAUGCAUAGACUUCCAUCAGCCACUAAGCAGUUGACAAUCAAUUCUUUGAAAGUAAACAAUCUGGUUAACAAGGUCAUAUCCAACAUUGUAACCCUGCUGAGCCAAUAAGCCGAUAACAGAAGAUCGGUUGUCGACGCCAGUCGCACUGACUGGACCUAUAGCCAUGCAGAAUACGCUGUCUGUGAGCUGUUCAAAGAAGCUUCCAGUGUCCAAAGCCAAAUCUGCACCUUGAGCAAAAUGGAAGGUAGGUAGGUGAGCGUAGACCCUGUGUCAAUGAUGACACCACCCGCGCCAUUCUCUUUCAUCUCAAAAGUUGCAGGAGGAAUGUCGAGCCUCCUUUCUCCUACACUUAUGCCUUCCAUGGUGAUGUAAUACAUGCCACGAAGAGCUUGAAAAUGGGUUGGAUAGCCUUCAAGAUCUGCUCCUUCGCCUAGGAUCAGUUGGUUGUAAUUACUACUUUUGUCAGCUAGGCUUCCUAUGCAGUAAGAGAAUUUAUGGCCUAUUUGUGAUGCCAAAGACA